AUGGUGAAAAUGACGCCGUUUGAUGAGGGGAGGAUUAGACAAGGCAUAUCUAAGUAUCAAAAUCCAGAUAUAACGAAGAAGCAUGUAAUAAAUGUCUUGAAUACUUACAAAGGCUUGGUGUAUAAAAUUGAACCUUUUGUUUUCAAUGAUGGCUCGCGUAAAGAACUACUCAACUUACAAGGAACUAUACCAGUUGUUUACAAAGGCUCUUGUUACAAUAUUCCAAUCUGUAUAUGGUUGAUGGAUACUCAUCCCAAUAAUGCACCUAUGUGCUAUGUUAAGCCAACAGCAGAUAUGCAUAUUAAAGUCAGUAUGUUUGUGGAUCAUAAUGGUAAAAUCUAUUUGCCAUAUCUUCAUGACUGGGUGCCUCAUAAUUCGGAUUUGCUUGCUUUAAUUCAAGUAAUGAUUGUUACCUUUGGGGAACAGCCUCCAGUUUAUGCCAAAAUAAGAUCAGAAACACAACAGAGUUCAACACCAUAUCCUGUUCAGUCAUUCAUGCCUGUACCUGGAGGUGGAAAUGUAUCAAGUUCUGGCUUUCCUCCGUAUCCACCAAGUUCUCAAUACUCCAGUGGUAGUAAUGUGUAUCCACCAUAUCCUCCAACAGCGUCCGGGGGAUUCCCGUAUCCAAGCUCUUAUGGUUCUUAUGCAGGAACCACGCCCAGUUAUCCAACACAAGGUUACAGUGGUUCAUAUCAACCAUAUCCGCCAGUCACACAACCGUCGCCGACGAUACAACCAAAUUCCAGUGGAUCUGGCACGAUCACAGAGGAGCACAUAAGAGCAUCCUUGCUGUCUGCGGUAGAAGAUAAGCUUCGACGUCGACUCAAGGAACAGUUCUCACAGUUACAGGCGGAGCUCGAGACGCUGCGACGAACCCAGCAAGAGCUAACGAGCGGUUCGUCGCACUUGGCAGAUCUUUUUGAUAAACUCAAAAAAGAGAAACAGGAGCUCGAAAAAAAUGUUAAUAUUUUACAAGAUAAGGAAGCAGAAUUAGAAAAAGAGAUCGCCAAAUUAUCUGAUAAUCAAUCGAUAGAUGUCGAUGAAGCUGUUACUACUAUAGCGCCUUUGUAUAAACAGAUGUUAAAUGCUUUUGCCGAAGAAGCAGCCACGGAAGAUGCUAUUUACUAUCUCGCUGAAGGACUGCGAUCCGGCAUAUUAGAUUUAGACGCGUUCCUGAAGCAAGUUCGGCAAUUAUCGCGUAGACAAUUUAUGUUGAGAGCACUAAUGCAGAGAUGUCGACAGAAAGCCGGUUUGGCGGGUUAAAAAAUAUUCCUCACAGGCUUCGUCUUAGAGCUGCAAUAUUCCAUUUUGUUCUAAAUAAAAUAGGUCAUUAUCCUUUACAAUGAAAAUCGAAUAUAUAAUUUAUGUCGAUGUCGAAAAGCACAGAGGAUUAUUUUAUCGACAAUAAGCGCCAUAUUCUUCUCUGUAUGAUGUAAUGAAAAGAAAACUUGUGUUUUACAAGAAAAACAUUUAAUAGAAUGUAUAUGUUAAUGGAGAUACAGUAAUUAUAGCACGUUCAAAUAUGAAAGUAGAUGAUGUAAUUCUUUUGCACAGAGCUAUAUAUGUUAUUACUAUAUAUAAUAUUGCAUGAGAUUAAUAAUGCUGUAGUCUAUGUUUAUAGAAAACGAGUGCGAGUCUUUAUUUUCUCGAGGUGCCACAAAACUCGUUGUGUACCUGUAUUACAAACUUCAUGCCUUUAUUGUGAUAAAAAUUGAAUAAACUUAUGCACAAUAUAAAAUAUUCGGAAUU